UUCAUCUCCUCACACUCACGAGGAAUGGCAUUGCUGCACAUCACAGCUCGUAACAACACUUUCUCUGGGAGAAUUCACACAGCAACAGCCUCUUAUUUACAAAUGCACCGCUGCACACUUGCACACAGCAUCUUUAGAGAAACAAUUCUGGAGACUGCACAUACAAGCAUCACCACACAGAGCAGCCAAGCGGAACCCAUGAGCUGGGAAUAAGAACAUCUAGGAACACCUUAGCUAAAAGACAAAAUUAAUGCGUCAGCGAUAUUUUGGACUAUUUUCUUGAAUGCGCCGUUGCACAUUACAUCAUAUGUCGACAUCCUUAUUAAGACGUACCUGGCGUGGAAUUUAUUUAAUUUUCAGCAGUGAUCAAGCUAACUGCAGUGUGAAAGUAGUCUAGGAGUUUGGCGGAAAACUUCGUUUUCAGUUCAUUAGUUUAAAAAAACGUUCACUAAUUUACAGUAAUCGUGAUGGAUUGAGGAUGAUAUUAAAAUGUAACAACUGGGUCUUUAACGACAUUUAACCUGCAUUAUUCCGUAUUAAGAUCUUAAACAAAACGAUGCACUUGGAACUGAGGAGGAAAGUCGGGUGGAGACGAUGAGCCUUUAAUGCACUUUUGCUCAGUUUUUACAGAGUAAACUUUCUCCGAGACUUUGGAAGACAGUUUAUAAGGUAGUUUACAUUACACAGUCCUCUAAGUAAAUUGAUUUGCGAUUAGUUGAUUUGAACAAACGAUGACAAUGUGUACAUCUAGCUAUUUUAAAGCGUAGCUAGACAACUUUCAAAAGUUACCCCAAAUUAGCUGUAACAGUUUCGGCUGUCAUCCGGUUUCACAGUGCCACUUAUGGUGAGCGUGUUUUCGGAAGAGCUGAACAUUUAGCAAUAACGCUGCCGCACUUUCUCACACUCGUAACAUAAUUGUAUUAUUGUUCUACGCAUUUGGCUACACGUGUAAAACUUGAAAGUCGUAUCUAAGUUAAAAUAGUUAAAUUAAUAUUUAAAGCCAUCCGUCAGGGUAUUUCGUUUUUACAUGUUUUUGCUCCAAACGAGGCACCCAGACAGUAACUUUGCACAAACAUUUUCGCACUAAGUUUAUAGUUCAUAUUUUACUUGUAGGGGCAAACGAAGAAGAAUCUCCCAUGCACAUAGGUAUUUAGAGGACGCAACUCUAUUGACUGUAUUCAUUAUUUCAGACACCCGGCGUCAAUGUCAUUGCCAGCCUCCUUAAAGCUUCAGUAGCCUAGUCCUUUUGCUUAUACCGAAAUCAAGACGUAGAAUGGCUGAAGAGCUGGUAACCAUCACUAAUGGGAUUGUGGUGUGACUUGUUCGGCUGGAGGGAAGGCUGUUAUUCUUGUAAAUAUCCACACAGACUCAGUUCGUGUUCAGUUUCUUUGAGCGGGGAUGAUCAGGAUCUUCCCGGAUUUCAGCGUUCAGGUGACGGCUGCCGCAGGUGGAGGAGCCGGGGGAAUGCCAGCGGGUCCCGCCGUGGGGAGAGUCCCCGGCACCACAAAUGGUAACCCGCAAAACGUCCAGGGGAUCACCUCGUAUCAACAAAGGUGUGGCGCUUUGUGUUGGGGUGUGGCAGGAGGGGAGGCUUGUUGCAGCUACCAGCCCAGUUUGAAAGAUGAGCAGUCUAACGACCCCUACUGGGAGAGGCCAGCUAAUGCCAGCUCGUGUUCAGCUUCUAGGCCCAAGACACUCCACCUUGGAGGGCAACAACAUACCUCAUCACCAUGGUUGCAGGCUCUGAGGAAGGAGAAGUCCCGGGAUGCGGCGCGCUCACGGCGGGGGAAGGAGAACUUUGAGUUCUACGAGCUGGCCAAGAUGCUGCCUCUCCCCGGCGCCAUCACCAGCCAGCUGGACAAAGCCUCCAUCAUCCGCCUCACCAUCAGCUACCUGAAGAUGAGGGACUUCGCCAACCAGGGGGACCCUCCGUGGAACCUGCGCAUAGAGGGCCCGCCCCCCAACACCUCCGUAAAAGCUAUUGGGACUCAGCGUCGGAGGAGUCCCACCGUGGUGGCCUCCGAGAUCUUUGAACCACACCUAGGGAGCCACAUCUUGCAGUCCCUGGACGGAUUUGUAUUUGCACUAAACAAGGAGGGGAGGUUUUUGUACAUCUCCGAGACGGUGUCCAUAUAUCUGGGGCUUUCGCAGGUGGAGCUGACGGGCAGCAGCGUGUUCGACUACGUCCACCCGGGCGACCACGUGGAGAUGGCCGAACAGCUGGGCAUGAAGCUGCCCCCGGGGCGGGGCCUCCUCUCCCAGGGCACUGCCGAGGACGGCGCCAGCUCCGCCUCCUCAUCCUCACAGUCCGAAACCCCGGAGCCAGUGGAGUCCACCAGUCCCAGCCUGUUGGCUCCAGACAACACUCUGGAGCGCUCCUUCUUCAUCCGCAUGAAGUCCACGCUGACCAAGAGAGGCGUCCACAUCAAGUCGUCCGGGUACAAGGUCAUCCACGUCACCGGCAGGCUUCGCAUCCGGAUGGCGCUGACUCACAGCCGAUCGGUACCCAAUCAGAUCAUGGGAAUGGUGGUGGUUGCCCACGCCCUCCCCCCGCCCACGAUCAACGAGGUCCGCAUUGAUUGCCAGAUGUUCGUCACCAGGGUCAAUAUGGACCUUAACAUCGUCUACUGUGAGAACAGAAUCAGUGACUACAUGGACCUGACGCCCGUCGACAUCGUGGGGAAGAGAUGCUACCAGUUCAUUCAUGCAGAAGACGUGGAGGGCAUCCGCCACAGCCACCUGGAUUUGAUGAACAAGGGCCAAUGCGUGACCAAGUACUACCGCUGGAUCCAGAAGAACGGCGGCUACAUCUGGAUCCAGUCCAGCGCCACCAUCGCCAUCAACGCCAAGAACGCCAAUGAGAAGAACAUCAUUUGGGUCAACUAUGUGCUCAGCAACCCCGAGUACAAGGACACGCCCAUGGACAUCGCCCAGCUCCCCAACCUCCCGGAGAAGACCUCCGAAUCGUCCGAGACCUCCGACUCCGAGUCCGACUCCAAAGAGAACUCCGAAGACAACGAGAACUCCAAAUCUGACGGGAAAGGGAACCAGUCGGAGAACAGCGAGGACCCCGAGGCCGACAGCAAGAAGCAGCCGGGCAGGCCCUCUGAGCAGGAGAUGCGGCGGCAGGAGGAGGGGGACAGCUCCAGCAACCCCGAGAGCCAGGACAGCGAGGACAGCCUGGAGCCGUCCGACUGCGAGGGCGAGGCCAAGGAGGGGCGCCUGGGCCGGCUGGGCGGCCUGCACAUCAAGGUGGAGCGCUACGGCGACGGGGAGGGGGCGGAGCCGCGGGACUCGCGCUCCUCGUCCGACGAGGACGAGGACGAGGACGAAGACGAGGACAGCUCCAAGGACGAGGAGAGCGGGGGCGAGCCGGCGUCCCCCGCCGCCAGCAAGCACCAGAAGCGCAAGAAGAGGAGGAAAAAACAGAAGGGCGCGGUCAGCCGCCGUCGCCGCCUCUCGUCCGCCUCCCCCAGCCCCGGCACCCUGGACCCCGCCCUGGGGGAGCAGCCCCCGCUCCUGCCCCCGCCCUCCCCCGCCAGUGCCUCCGUGCUCAAGAUCAAGACGGAAAUGUCCGAGCCCAUCAACUUCGACAACGACAGCAGCAUCUGGAACUACCCGCCCAACCGGGAGAUCUCGAGGAACGAGUCCCCCUACAGCAUGACCAAGCCCCCCGCCGCCGCCGCCGACCACUUCCCCUCCCCGCAGGCGGGCGGCCUGCAGGUGUCCAUCCCGGACUCCGUCCUCACGCCCCCGGGGACGGAGGGCGCCGGGGCCCGCAAGGCUGCCUUCAGCGGCAGCGCCCCCUCCUCGGCCUCCAGCGCCGCCAGCCUGGCCCCGCCCUCCAGCUCCUCCUCCUCCGACCCCCUGUCCCCGCCCCUCUCGGCCUCCCCGCGAGACAAGCAGCAGGGAACUCCAAGUACUUCCAGCUCUUUGCUGUACACCAGCGACCUGGAGGCCCUGCAGAGGCUCCAGGCGGGCAACGUGGUGCUUCCGCUGGUUCACCGGGUGACGGGCACCCUGGCCGCCACCAGCACUGCCGCCCAGCGGGUCUACACCACCGGCACCAUCCGCUACGCCCCGGCCGACGUCACCCUGGCCAUGCAGGGCAACCUGUUGCCCAACGCUCACGCCAUGAACUUCGUGGACGUCAACAGCCCCGGCUUCGGCAUCGACCCCAAGACCCCCAUGGAGAUGCUGUACCACCACGUGCACCGGCUCAACAUGUCCGGGCCUUUCGGGGGCGCCGUCAGCGGGGCCAGCCUCACCCAGAUGCCGACCGGGAACGUCUUCACCACGGCCGAGGGACUCUUCUCCACUCUUCCGUUCCCCGUCUACAGCAACGGGAUCCACACCACACAAACUCUGGAGCGCAAAGAAGAUUAAAGCAAAACUCCGAGACCAUAUUACUGUGUUCAACUGUCAAAGACUCUUUGAGGCGUAAGACUGUGUUUCAAGUUGGGAAAAAAAAAAUAAUUUUAGCACUUUGAAUUUGAGCGAAUGAGCUCGUGGUAUUGAAAUGAAUGGUCCCCAUGUCUUUUCUUUCUCUCUAGUUCUCUUCUCUCUCUCUCGCUCUCUCUCUCUCUCUCUCUCUCUCUUGCUCUCUCUCUUUCCUGUUCAUGAUAUUUCUCUCUGUAUGAACUAAAACUGAUUAUUCUUUAUUGUAAAGAGUUCCUUUUGUUGCCUACAGGGAGUCCAGAGUAGAUGACAACUGUUCUGUGGUCUUCUGAGGUGUACCAUUUAUUUGAGUUGAUUUUGUUGCUUCUUGAUGAAGAUGCCUUCGAUUUGUAUAUUUAAAGGUAGUGGAAAAAGAUAAUUGUCAGAGAAGUAAAAAAAAAAAAAAAAAACCUAAAGGUUUCUAUCCAUAUCUUGAUGUGAUCAAGGUUGAAGAAAGGAGGUUACCCUGUUUGACAUAGUUGAAGGGGUUUUUAUUGUUCUUUCUAAUCGGGGGAAUAGUAUUUUAGAAUUAAUGCUUUUCUCUUUUUUUAUAGCUCAGAUUUAACUUGCAAAUCACACAUUAAAAGCAAUUUCAACCGGGUAUUGGCCUGUGAAUAGAAUGUUACUACAAAAUCCUGGGACUUUGGCACAGGCCAGUCCCUGCAUUUCCCAUUCCAUCUCCUCUUUGCCGACUCAUGGUGCUACCAUUACAUAACCCUCAUUCAGCUGGCUGAAGUAGGUGCUGGUCCAGUGCUCUACUGUAGAUAAGUGACAGGUUGAGAGAUUUUCUACAGAAAAGUCUUACCUCGGCUCUAACGAAUAAGUCUUCGCAGUCGCCACUCCAUUCGGUCGGGUGUUUUCGAGAGCUCGAUUUGAUUGAGACAGGGAACGGACGUCUGGAGCAGGCUGAUGCUUCGUUUUUGCUUUUUAACUCAAUCAUUGUUUUCUCAGUGUAACUGAGGCUAAUUUGCAUCAUUAACUUGAAAAGUUUGCGUUUUACGAAUGUUUAAAAAGUCGACCGGCUUCGGACGGUCGGUUUUUGAUUUGAUUUUUUUGUUGUUAUUGUUUGUCCCUCCUUGCAUUUGAUCCAAUGUGUUCGAGCCCAUCAGCCUCUCAAUCUGUUCUCUCCUCCCACUUCUUCUCGCGUUCCAAACUCUGAAAUUUCAGAUCUGUCAAUGAGAUUGUAACAGAUACAUGCAUUUCAAUCAAAAAUGAAAUACUGUGUUCAAAAAAAAAAAAAAAAAAUCACAUUCCUGAUUUUUUUUUUUUUUUUUUUUUCCUUUUCCUCUCCGUUGCCAAAAAGUUAAUGUCACAGUUCGGUGUUAAAAAAAAAAACACUGUGAUUGUUGUUUUAAAAAGAAAAAACAGUAAUAAAAUGGAAAAAAAAUCUUUCACUUCAUCAUUUGGCAGCCGCCCAUCAAAGGCAUCUAUUACCAAGCGUGAGAUCCGUAACGUGUACAAUGUGUUAGUGUCAUUGGCUGUCAGUCUCCAUGGCGAUUUCAGUGUGUGUUACUAUAUGCAGUAUAUACCGAGCUGAUGUAGCUGUUUUGUCCUUUGUCUUCUCUGUGCUUUAUCUCUAGUCUGGGGUAGGCGGGGAGGCGGGGCAUCCACCCCCCUCUCUUCCACCCCUCUGCAGUCCUAGUGAACCAGUGAUUCUUGGAGGUUAGUGGAUUUUGUGUGGUGGCCUUCUUAUGUAAUGUCACCUUUUUGCUGCUUCCUUUUGUCUGUAUUCCUUUCUGUUUCUGCUAUUGCUUUGCUGUUGUGUAGUCUACAGACCUCUCUUUCUCUCAGAGAUAAAAGACUCUUAACUAGCUCAAAGGUUUAUGGAGCCAUUUUUUUGCCACUGAGGAAUUCUGGGACUUCAGUUUCCAGCUUGCUAUACAUUUACACUUAUAAAAACUAUGACAAAAAAAAAAUUAAGUAGCACUUAGAUGUAUGUAACAGACUGGAACCAUAAAAGCCUCAGUUGUGAAACAUUCCCAGAGUCCCUUGUGCUAAUAUUGUAUGCAUUGGGUGUAUUUCAUUGGUUUCCACCAAACCUGUUGACUUCAAGGACCCUGCAACACACAAGAAAAAAAAAAAAAAAGAUCAUGAUCGUAUUUCAGGACAAUAAACAAUUUUAAAGAUUUCUUAAAGAAAUGAAAAGAAAAUGUUUCGCAGUAUAAAUCUAUUUUUAUAGGUGUUUUGGAAAUGCAUGUUUACUAAGUUGAUUGUUUAGUUUACUUGAUUUUGUUCGGUCCAGCAGCUUUGUCAACAUUUAGUGUUUUUUAGUCUGUCCAGCAAAGGGAGAGGGGAGCCUUUGUCUUUUUAACUGAAUCAGACUACUCCCCUACAUCAGGAAACAAGUCUCUGUGGUUUCUGUGAAGGUGUCUUGUUACUCGAACCCAGGUCAUAAAAGAUAUGUGUUUAAAAAAAAAAAGGAAAAAAAAGAAAAAAAAGGUGAAAUUGAGGUUAGCUGGCAGGUCGGUCCAGGAGAGCUUGGGAUUGCUGGCUUAAUAGAUUUUAGUGUUUUCUACGAAGCAGAGUGUGGGGUGUGGGAGUUUUGGGGGGGCAGCUCUAAAUCAGACACUGUGGACCAGGAAAUACACCCAUAUGUUACAAACAAACAGCGGGAUGAGCUGUUUUAAUGUUUCUGUGUUGUGUCAAAAUGAUUGCUGGUGAUUUAAACUAAAACUAAUCUCAGCUGCUGUCAGAUACAUAGUGUUUAAAAAUUACAGUAUGAAAAAAAACACUUCAUUACCUGUGAAGACUGUGUCUGUGUUUUUAACUAUUUCUUGUACAAUUAUACAGAUUCUUUUAUGAGGAACUUGGUGCCAAGUAGAUGAAUAAGGGGGAAAGGGAUUCUCUUAGUAUCAAUGUUAACAGUGUUAUAAAUUCUAAAUACAAACAAAUUAAAAUAUUAAAAAGAGAAAACUAUGGUACAUUUUAUUUUUUUGGUUUUGAAAAACACGACUAACAGAUGCUGACUCCGAGUGCCUGGCUUAUUUUUUUGAGAAACAUCUUUUUUUUUCAUUGACCAUGAAUAAUGCUGCAGUUCAGAAAAUGUACAUACUUCAUUUUACAACAGGGUUAUUUUAUACUUUUGUAGAUUCUCAUUCAGUUCCGAGAAGCAUGUCAUACAUGGUUGUCUUUCUGUAACACAGUUUUUUACCAUCUUACAGGUGCCAUAUUCAUAAUAAACUUCUCUUGGAUUUGUUACUA